AUGGCGAUCAAGCACAACCAGAAGCUCAUCAGCACCCAUCUCCGAAAGGACUGGCAGCGCCGGGUUCGAACCCACUUCGAUCAGCCCGGUGGCAAGGUCAGGCGUCGGGACGCUCGCAGGGCUAAGGCCGCCGCUGUUGCCCCCGUCCUACCGACCUUCUCCGACCCGUCGUCCGAUGCCCUACCAUCAAGCACAACCGCCGUGUCAGGGCCGGCCGUGGCUUCACCCUUGAGGAGCUCAAGGGUCAAGAAGGGCGACUCCAAGACCGACCUCAGCAAGGUCGAGACCGUCACCUCCAUCUCCGCCGCCCUCCCCAUCGCCGUCGCCGACAAGACCAUCAAGGAGAUCAAGAGGAGCGACCUCCCCGCCGCUAUCGAGGGUGGUGCCUACAGGAAGCUCAGGCUCGCCCGCAGCGACGCCAGGCUGGCCGGUGUCAGGGAGAAGCGCAUCAGGGACAAGGCCGAGGCCGAGGCUGCCAAGAAAUAA